GUGUUCCGGAAUUCCGACUAGAAUUCAAGUUUAGAAUCUCGAGGAUUGUUGAAUCUUGUAGGGAGAUGAUGCUCCGUGGAUUUAGUACGUCAAUCUUCCUUCCUCUUCACACGAUACCUCAUUUCGGACCGAAUCCAGUUUGCAGUUUCUGAGAUCAGAGAUCAGAGCAGAUCGGCACGGAGGGGAGAGACCAACCAUGGCGUAUGAGAGGAUGGGGAAGCUGGAUUUGAGCUUGCUGUUGAUGCUUUGCGCUUUGUUCUUCGCAGUUCAGGCAGGUAGGCUUGAGCCUGAGCUACUUGGAAACAACAGACUCAUCCAUCAGCAAGCGCUUGUGGACAAAGUCAAUGCCCAUCCAGGAGCGACCUGGACGGCGGGCUUCAAUGAGCGAUUCGCAAAGCACACAAUUGAGCACUUGAAGAAGAUGUGCGGUGCUAUCUUGACACCCGCUAACAAGUUGGAGCCUUCUAUCGAAACGAUCAGUCACAAGCACAAGAAGUUAUAUCUACCCAAAGAGUUUGAUGCCCGUAAACAAUGGAGUCAUUGUCCAACAAUUGGUGACAUUCUAGAUCAGGGUCACUGCGGAUCAUGCUGGGCUUUUGGGGCUGUUGAGUCACUGACUGAUCGUUUCUGCAUUCACUUGAAUGAAAGUGUGUCACUAUCAGAGAACGAUCUCUUAGCAUGCUGUGGAUUCGAGUGCGGCUAUGGCUGCGAGGGUGGGUACCCUAUAAGAGCCUGGAAAUACUUCAAGCACUCCGGAGUUGUGACAAACAAGUGUGAUCCAUACUUUGAUCAGAAAGGCUGUGCUCACCCAGGCUGCUAUCCUACCUAUGAGACACCUAAGUGCGAAAAGCAGUGUGUAGACGAUGAGUUUUGGGUGCAGUCGAAGCAUCUUGGUGUGAAUGCGUACGAGAUGUCCAUGGAACCUGAGGACCUCAUGGCUGAGCUCUAUACCAAUGGUCCUGUUGAGGUGGCCUUUGAGGUUUACGAGGACUUCGCUCAUUACAAAACUGGAGUUUACAAACAUCUUUUCGGUGGCUUCAUGGGAGGGCACGCUGUGAAGCUUAUUGGAUGGGGAACCACCGACGAUGGUGUGGACUACUGGACCAUAGUGAACUCCUGGAACACGAACUGGGGAGAGGAUGGUCUCUUCCGUAUUGUGAGAGGCAACGAUGAGUGUGGCAUUGAGAGCAAUGCAGUAGCUGGUCUCCCAUCCAGAAAAGGUCUUCAUUCUGCCAUGUGAGAGAUACUGAGGACAUCUUAAAAGUAAAACGAAGGUUCCAUCAAAGACCACUGUUACUUUGGACUCUGUACAAGGUGAUAAUCCCAUAUUGUCAUCAUUAUAAGCAUGGUCUUGCAACUUAGAAUGCAUGAGGAUAAAUGGUCCCUUGUACAUAAUUUCAAUUACUAGUCACUAUGCCCAAACGCCCAUAGAACACUAGAGACUGCUCAGAACUUGUAUAUUUUUAUUCAAGUGAUUGAGUAAGGUAACCUCAGAUGCCAUCUCCUGCUUAGCACGCUGGCAGAAGGCAUUGAUCCAGUUGUAGACAUCAGGCUGUGAUUUGUAGUUAACUAAAGCGUUACAUGCUCUGAAUGUACAAGUUCACUUUUGUGCAUACAAGCCACACAACUUAACCAAAUACACCCAAUGUUGGGUAUUCAACUAU